AGGCACAGGACUUGCUGACUGUGAUACAAAUGGGCUUACAUAGCAAAGAAAGGGAAUAGGAGAGAGGCAUGGGGCUCCCCUGUACCCAAAGAGGCAGCGACUCCUGCUCACACUUGGCCACCUGCCUGGCCCACAGGGGAGCACAGAGUCCACCCGCUGCCCUCUGAAACACAGAGCUCCUUGCAUUAAUUUGCAAAAAUCCCCAGCAAGGGCUGGAGUUGCGUAAAGAAUCCAAAGACCCCAAGGAAAACCUUCUGGGGGCACUUCUCAAAGGCUGGGGCACUCUCACGGGAAGGGCAGCAGCAAGCAGGCAAAAAUGUCAAGGCCGGUGCAAGCCCGGAGGCUGGAGGGAGUAGAUAAGAAUAUCUGGGUGGAGUUCGUAAAACUGGCUGCCACCUACUCCACGGUCAACCUGGGCCAGGGCUUCCCCGACUUCCCCCCACCAGAGUUUUUGAAGGAGGCGUUCAGCAGAGCGGUCAGCGGGGAGGAGGAGCACAUGCUGCACCAGUACACCCGUGCCUUCGGCCACCCACCGCUGGUGAAAAUCCUCGCCCAGCUUUUUGGGAAGCUGCUCGGACGAGACCUGGAUCCUAUGACCAAUGUGAUGGUGACUGUGGGGGCAUACCAGGCCCUUUUCUGCUGCUUCCAGGCUUUCAUUGAUGAAGGCGAUGAGGUGAUAAUCAUUGAGCCCUUUUUCGACUGCUAUGAGCCAAUGGUGAAAAUGGCUGGUGGGACACCCGUGUACAUCCCUCUGAGACCGAAAGCUCCAAAAGAAGGAAAAUUGAUGUCGAGUGCAGAUUGGCAGCUGGACCCGGCCGAACUGGCUUCUAAAUUCAGUGAGCAGACAAAAGCCAUCGUCCUGAACUCACCCAACAACCCUCUGGGCAAGGUGUUCAGCCGAGGGGAGCUGGAGCUCAUUGCAGACCUGUGCGUGAAGCACGACGCCCUUUGCAUCAGCGAUGAAGUGUACGAGUGGCUGGUGUACGACGGCAAGCAGCACAUCCGCAUCGCCAGUUUGCCAGGGAUGUGGGACCGCACAGUGAUCAUUGGGAGUGCUGGAAAAACCUUCAGUGUCACUGGCUGGAAGGUGGGUUGGACUGUGGGACCCAACCGGCUGCUGCAGCACCUGCGUACCGUGCACCAGAACUCGGUGUACCACUGUGCUACAGCUGCACAGGAUGCUGUGGCUAAAGGUUUCCAGAGGGAGCUUGAGCACUAUGGGAAACCAGACAGCUAUUUUGUCCAACUGCCCAGGGAGCUGCAGCAGAAGAGAGACCAGCUGGUCCAGAGCUUGGUUGCAGUGGGGAUGAAACCCAUCAUCCCUGAGGGCACCUACUUCUUGGUGGCGGACAUCUCUGAGUUCAAAUCUGAAGUCCCUGAUGUCCCCAACUCCGAUGAGCCCUAUGACUCCAGAUUUGCCAAGUGGAUGGUCAAGAACAAGGGACUGGCGGCCAUCCCCCUCUCGGCGUUCUACUGUGGGGCCCACAAGGACAACUACAACACUUUCAUCCGGUUCUGCUUCGCCAAGGAGGAUGCCACGCUGAAGGCAGCAGACGACAUACUGCAAAGAUGGAAACUGGAGAAAACUGCUCCCUGAAGGCACUGCGGGGGAACCGUCUCUCCACGGCUGCACUUCUUCCUCUUCCUUUACUUGGCUACAAACUCUGCUACGUCCUGAUUUUUGUGCUUUCAACCACGUUUUCUGUCAGACAAGCGGGUAUGAGGGCUGCCAGGCCCAGGACUGGGGGACACAGCUUUCACUGUGAAACAAUCACGAGCAGUGAGCCUCCAUAUGCCAUUCAGCUGCCAUUCAGCACUUUUCCUCCACGUUUAAAGACUUUGCUCAUCAAUUCUGAGAUGUGCACAGUGAGACACAACGGUAAGGAUGGCUCCUGGGGUCUUUUCCAUCACUCACUUUCAGGAGGCUGUAUGGGAUCACUGCCCCUCAGCAAGCUGAUUCCCACAGUCCUGAAAGCUGUGAACCCAGAGAUCUGAGGUUUGCUAAAAUUAGCAAUAUUCCCUUUGGUUUUGGGAAGGUGAGCACAGGUUCAGUAACCGCCUGCCCUCAGGAAAUAGGUCUUUAAAUGGAGCUUGGCUACAGCCAAACUUUCCCUGUGCAGCUGCACAUUGCACAUAGUUGAUGCCUGGCAGCGUCCUCUGGGCUGCAAAGCAGAACUGCAGCCUCUGAUGGGUGCGUGCAGCUGGGAGGGAGGGCUGGGGCUGGUGGGACAACAGGAGCAGCAUUGCAGCAGGUGGUUCUUGCAUCAUUCUUCAUUUCAGUCUGGUUACAAGUGUAGGACAUGAUCAUCAAUGGCGCUGGAGUUAAGUGCAACGUGCAAUAAAUUUUUGUGACUGUUAAAUUAUUAAAGUUGAAUUAAUUGAGUAAA